AUGCAACAGCGUCUAAGAUCGUCACCCUCUGCGGGCCCCCCAACAUCGCCGGGAAGAUCAGGCUCAAUAUCCAAAACUUCGCAGGAAGCACAAUCUGCAAGCGCUGGAAAAUACGUUCCUUCAGAGGCUGCAGGAAUGGUCAAUGGCGGGCACAUCAACCAUUCCGAGGAUAUUCUGAACUCCUUCACUGAAGCGUUGGAGUCUGCAAAUCUUAGCUACGACUCUCAGUCCGGUAAACUGACUGGAGAUGGUGUGCAGACAUCCCCUACUGAAACACAAUUGACACAGCUACGUCUGCUAUUGUUAAAGUUGCGGAGAAAGAUUGUUGUGGAACUGCUACGACAAGGAGCUAGCAUAUCUGCCGUGCGUGCAUGUGUAGAAAGCUAUAGUUCACAAGAAACAGCAGACAAAGCAUCUUUAAGUGACCGUUAUGAUCCCGAAAACAACAAAACUGGCAGUGCAAACAAAGAUAACAGUGUCAGUGACGAUAUUGCCGGCGAAGAAGGAAGAGAUGCGACAGUCAUCAAGAUUGGAGGAGAUGGCGACAAGAUUCAUAUCAAGCUGGAAAAACGUUCGAUCAACCCGGACGAUAAAUCAAAAAAACGCAAGCAUAUACUUGUUUCUGGUGAUGAAGACGAUGUUGAUGAUGAUCAUAACGGUAGUGGCAGCCGCAAAGAUGACGCUACUAAUACCCCAAUCUCCAUCAAGUUCGAGGACAACGAUAACGACGAUGACGAUAACGAUUUCAAGAUCGACUUGACGAGUGCUAUUGACAGUGACAGUAAUAAAAUUGAGUUGAUUGAUGACCCAGAUGAUGAAGGACUACGUCCGAGAAAGAAAAUACGAGUGAAGCUUGAAGAUGACGAGGAAGAAAGCAUCAAAUUAAUCAUAAGUAAAGACAGAGGUACAGGUAAGGAGGAUGAUGUGUUUAUCCCUUCUGUUUAUAGAUCUGAUAAUCCUGAUGCAAACGAGAUUUUGAACAUGGACGAGUUGGUGAAGACUUCUAUGAAAGAGCUUCAACUAUACGAUGAUGAAGAAAAUCAUAAAACAGCCCGGGAUGAAGUUGAAUACAAGAAAAGGAAAUUUGCUGUUUCUGAAUUUCCUGAAAGCGAUUUGAAGGAUAUGCUUCCAGGAGAAAUUCCAAUGAUAGACUUUAGUGGUCCUAAGCCGACGCAACAAGUUGCAUGGAACUCAUUCACCGCUUACAUUGAACCCUUUUACAGAAACUUUACUGAAGAUGAUGUGAAAUGGUUACGUCAAAAAUGUGUGGCCUCUAGUUUCCUUUCCAAAUACUUACUUGCCAAUGAAGCCUUUGUAGUGACAGAGAAUUCUGAAGAUGCCAAUGCAGAAAACAAAGGUAUUCUAGCUGGAAAUGGUAUCAAGGAUGCAAGACCACUUGAUAAUACGUACAACCCAUACUACAUACCUCCUCUUGGCCCUAAAUAUUCUGAUGUUUGGAUGCUGGAGAAUGAAGGGAAACCAGUGAAAAUGGGUAGGCUAACGCAAUCGCUGGCAUCUAAGAUGAAGAAACUGUAUGCACCAAAAGGUUCCCCAGUAAAUUUUGAUGCUAAUAAACCCGAGGCGUUAGUGGCAUUAUGUGAAGAACAGGAUAAAGUUUCAUGUGGUCCUUUAACAUCUCGUAUUUUGAGUGCGAUUGUUAGCGACGAUGAGGACGAUGCGUUUGAGCUUGACCAAAGCGAACACACUGAUGGUGAGAACGGCGAAGAUAGUCAUAAUGAUGCUUCAACCUUUAAAAGGGACGACAAGAUAAGUUUCGAGCAGUUAGAAAAACGUUUAAACCGAGAACUUAAGUAUAUUGGUGUUUUCAUGAAUGUUGUGCAAACGCUGAAUAAUUCAUCGUGGGAGCAAGAUUGGGCUUUAGGAAAGGAAGAUGAUGAAGUAAGUUCAGAAUUACGUAUUUUGCAAAAUGAAUUGACUAAAGUGCAAAAGCGUAAUAAUUUUAGAAAGGAGAUACUUGUACCGAUUGUGGAAGAGCAGAUUGCAUGGCAAGAGUACAUGACCAUUGUUGAUGAUUUGGACAAACAGGUUGAACAGCAUUACAGACGUCGCCUCAAUGUUACUCCGAAGAAAACCAAGAAACGUGGUCCACAUAGUAGCCAUUCAGGUGGUGACAGCAGUAGUAGUGGGUUAAUGAAGGAUGAUGCAGCACAUUUGGUCAGUAACGCGUCGUUCCGAGGCCUUUUGGACAAACGUAGGAGAUGGAUAGAAAAAAUUGGAUCUCUUUUCAAAAGUCCAUUGGAAAUGAGACGCAUGCCUAAGCACACCGUAUUCAAGGUUGCAAAGGAGGAGGAAGAAGAAGAGGAAAAAGAAGAAGAAGAAGCAGACGGAGAAAAGGAAGGAGAUGAUGUAGAAGUUGAGGUCAUGGUAGUGGAAGAGGGUGAAGCGGAUAGUGAAAAAGAAAAGGCAUUGGCCGAAGGAGAUGACGAGGAAGAGGGAGCGAAGCAAAAGGAAACGAAUGAUGGGGAGAAGAGUGGAGACCGUAAUGAGAAUAAUGUUGAUAAUGGUGAAAAGAAGAACGACAACGAGGCGGAGAACGUCGAAAAAGACUCAAUGAAGGAGAAGGACACUACUGCCGUUGCUACGGAGAAGGCUAUUGAGAAAAAGGCAGAUGCCAAAGAAGUGAAGGCUGAAGCUAACGUGGAGUCCGCUACUGCUACUGCUACUGCCACUACUGCUACCAGUACUGCAGGCGAUGAGGAAGAGGAAGACGACGAGGAAAACGAAGAGGAAGAGGAAGAUGACGAGAACGACGAAGAAGAAGACGAAGAAGAAGAAGACGACGAAGAAGAGGAUGAGGAAGAAGAAGAGGUAGAAGAAGAUGAUGAAGAGAUGGCUGCGAUCGAAGAAGAGCCGGAGGAGGACGAAGAGGACGAUGACGAGCAGGACGAUGACGACGACGAUGACGAUGAGGAAAACGAAGAAGACGAUGACGAAGAAGAGGAAGAAGACGAUGACGACGAUUAG